AUGGGAUCAUCAUUCAAAAAACUUUUAUCUUCAUUUACUACACACGAUGACAGACGACUGGUCAUGUGUGGACUUGACGCAGCUGGUAAAACAACAAUACUUUAUGCAUUAAAAGUCGGUAAAAUCGUAACAACAAUUCCAACAAUCGGUUUCAAUAUGGAAACAUUGGAAUAUAAAAAUCUAUUAAUUGCAGCUUGGGACGUUGGUGGAAGAGAUCAAUUGCGGCCGUUUUUGCGUCAUUAUUAUACAAAUACGUCAGCAGUUGUUUUUGUUAUCGAUUCGAAUGAUCGUGACAGAACAAGUGAUGCAUGUGACCAAUUACAUACAUUGGCAAAUGACGAAAUGUUAAAAAAUUUACCUAUCCUCAUCUAUGCUAAUAAACAAGAUUUACCAAAUGCAUUAACACUCGAUGAAAUCAAAGAAAAACUUGAUUUAUCAAAAUUAGAUGAAAUGAAAACAAAAUGGCAUUUACAAUCGUCAGUAGCUACUACAGGUGAUGGUCUUCACGAUGGCCUUCAAUGGUUAUCAGAUGUAUUAAAACCGAAAACCGAUUUGAAACAACCGAUACUUGAAACAAUGAAUGAUUAUAAAUCGAUGAAAAACGAUCUUUUAUCCAUAUUGAAUUAA